CAAUCCACUUCUUGCACCAGUGUUCAACAGCAGAUAAACUAUAUUUCAGAUACCCCAAGGAAGUCUAGGAUCUUGUGCCCCCUUGAGAAUUGUCAAAGGGUGUUUUGCAGAUACAAUGGCUUACAACAACAUAUCGAGGUUGAUCACACCAUCCAUAUCGAGCAUGAAGAAAUGACAUUUUCUUCUUUUAAUGAUUUUCAAUCAUGGAAAAAUAAAAUUGAGCAGAGAGAUAUUACUCGAUAUGUAAUAGAUAAGUCUGGAUACAAAAUUAAAGAUGGGAACAAAAUUAUAUUUUACGAUUGCCACCGCUCAUAUAGUUGCAAUAAAAAGAAAAAAGGGAAAAUUUCAAGGGCAUCCAAAAAAAUCGGAAAGGCGUGUCCCUCUCGAAUCCGUACUACGCAUUAUAGUGAUGGUGUAAUUAAAGCCAUUCACUGGAAGACGCAUGUGGGACACGAGAAUCUUGCAAAAUAUAUUCCACUGGACCAACAUUUGCAAAAGAUAAUUAAAGAUAAAAUUCUAGCAGGAGUUGCAGAUGAUGUUAUUAUAAGCAGUAUACGUAGUGCUGCACAUGAUAAUAUGCUACCCCACAGGGCUUCCUUGAUUACAAGAAAGGAUAUAUGGUACAUCAAGAAAUGUGUUUCACCAAUUUCUAAUGUGAAUAACAUUUAUUAACAGCUAUA